ACGAGAAGUCGGCCUGAAGUGGCUUUCUCGAGUCGCUUCCUCUUCGUGACGCCCACGGCGGCAGAGACGCCGUCAAACGCCCCUCGAAUCGCGGGGCCCGACGUGACGCCCGGCGCUGCCGAGGUGCCAUAAGACCACCGGCACGGCCGAGGCGAGCGCGCCGUCCAACGGCUCCGACUCGGCACUUGCGGAACGUCACCCCCCUCCCCCCCGGGACCUUGGGCCGGGGAUGAUCCGGAGGCUCGUCUCCUCGCUACGGCGUGACAUCCUGCUUCCGCUCAGGAAUAAAACUGCAGCACAGGAUUGAGACUUUACUGUGUCCCUGAUGAUCCUCGGAGCUGCGUGGAACGUCCUUCAGCGCUGCACGUACGACCAGGACUGGGUCACUGACUCAUCGCUGCCAUCGACCCGGGCAGCCUAGACCUGUAGGCCGCGAUGGAGGAGAACGUCAUGGGGGAGAUGGUUCCCCGAGAGUACCGGAUCGCCGGCCUUGUGUUCUACUGCGUCAUCUUCAUCAUCGGCUUUGUGGUCAACAUCACGGCGCUCUGGGUCUUUGCCCUGACCACCAAACGGAGGAACUCCGUGACCAUCUACAUGAUCAACGUGGCCAUCGUGGACCUGGUUUUCAUCCUUCUCCUGCCCUUCCGCAUGGUCUACUACGCGCAGGAUCGCUGGCCCUUCGGGGACUACUUUUGCCGGAUCAGCGCCGCCCUCACCGUCUUCUACCCCUGCAUGGCGCUCUGGCUCUUCGCCCUGAUCAGCGCCGACCGCUACGUGGCCAUCGUUCAGCCGCGCCACAGCAAGGAGCUCAAGAACGUCCAAAAGGCCGUGGUCUCCUGCUUAUGCGUGUGGGUUAUGACCGUGGGCAGCACGGCUCCCCUCCUCUUCACCGAUGACUCCGACCACGUCUCCAACUUCACCACGUGCGCCAAGACACGCGACAUCAUCCACCUGAAGCGGGACAACCCGAUCAACUUUGCACGCCUCAUCUUCUUCUUUCUGGUGCCCAUCUGCAUCAUGGUGGGCUGCUAUGCCGUCAUCGUCGACAACCUGGUACACGGGCGCACGUCCAAGCUGAAGCCCAAGGUGAAGCAGAAGUCCAUCCGUAUCAUCGUGACGCUCAUCGUGCAGGUUCUCGUCUGCUUCGUUCCGUUCCACAUCUGCUUCGUCUUCCUGCUGCUGCGGGACGGCUCCUCCGACUACAGCGCCUGGGCCGCCUUCACCACCUUCCUGAUGAACCUCAGCACGGUGCUGGACAUCAUCCUCUACUACAUCGUGUCCAAGCAGUUCCAGGACCGCGUCAUCAGCGUCAUCCUCUACAGGAACUACCUACGCAGCGUGCGCAGGAAGAGCAUGCACACGAGCAGCGUGCGUUCCCUGAGCAACCUCACGAGCGCGGUGAUCUGAGGCCGGACGCAGUCUUGUACCGAGGGUCAACGAGCGCUAGCCCUCUCAACGACCGGUCAGAGCACGAGACUCGUCUAAGGACCCAUCAGGACUACCCCUUUAUAAUGCCCAAUGAGAGACAUCAUUCUCCGAAGGACUACCGAGAAUAGCCUUUCUAAUGACCAGUCAGGGCUUUCCAUCUCUGUGGAUCAACCAGUGUUCGUCUUUUCUAUUGGGCAAUCAGAGCCAGUCUUCUCUGAGGACCAAGCACAGCUAACCUUUUCAAAUGACCAAUCAGGGCCAGUCCUGUCUGAUGAUCAAUCAAAGCAGCCUUCCCUGAGGACCAGUCAGAGUUGGCCUUUUCUAAAUGACCAAUCAGGGCUUUCCUUCUCUGAGGACCAAUCACAGCUAACAUUUUCAAAUGACCAAUCAGAUUUAGCGUUCCCUGAAGAGUCAUCAAGGCAGCUUUCUCUAACAACCAGUCUGAACUGGUCUUUUCUGAAGGACCAAUCAGAGCUAGUCUUGUCUGAGGACCAGUCGGAACUAGCCUUCCCUAAUAACCAAUAAGACCUGGCCUUUUCUGAGACACGGUGCUGCAGUGUGUGGUCUAUCAGUGUGUGAAUGUGAAACACUGGCGCUGGUGCAGGAGCACAAUGAUAUGACGAAGGCAAACAGAACUCACGG